AUGCCUCAGCAAAGUUCAAACACGCAAGGCAACAAAAUCACUCAACAUAGGCAUAAUGGGUCAGCCAUAAUACCUAUUGAAAAGAGGGCUCGAUUCGCUCGACGGACAUCCCCUGGAGCCGGUCGACAAGCCCCGGGCUGCUUCCCGGUAACCGGACGUGGGAAAACAGGCUGUUCAGGGCUCUCGGCAAAGGAUCGACCCGCUUCUCUUCUCGCCCGGGACCCAAAAGGGCUGCUGCUGCUCAGAAUUGAAACCGACGGUUGCUGGAUAAGAGCCUCGAGCGGCUGCUGCUCGUUGCCGGAAAAAGCUCGGGUCUACACGUCUAUGACGAACGGCUGGGUGCACUCGUUCGCCGGCAGGGCUGCUCGAAUCGUCGCUAAGGGUCAGCCUUCGACAGUCGCACUUGGUCUCUUCAGCCAUCGGGGACUGAAGCUCUUCGCCGGCGUUUUCCCGCUUUCGAUUGCACGAUCUCUGACGCCUGGAACUCGCCGGACUGGUGCUGCUCUCGCCGGGAAUCCCGUCGUUGAGGCUUGGUGCUCUUGCCGUCGGAUGGCCGGAGGUCGGAGCUCAAAGGUCUCGGAGGUCGUCGGCGCGCAUGGACUCCUCGUAGCCAGAAUUGGCUGGCUCUCGAAUUCGCUGGGCGAUUUGUGAAAUUCGGAAGGGAAUUCAAGGGGCUCAAAAAUGGGAGAUGCGGCUGAUGC